AUGCAUUCGGAGUCCAAGAGGCUCUAUUCUUGGUGGUGGGACAGUCACAUCCCCAAGAAUUCCAAAUGGCUUCAGGACAAUCUCACAGAUAUGGAUGCAAAGGUGAAAGCGAUGAUCAAACUGAUAGAGGAAGAUGCAGAUUCAUUUGCUGGGAGGGCAGAAAUGUAUUACAAAAAACGCCCAGAACUUAUGAAGUUGGUGGAGGAGAUCUACAGAGCUUACCGAGCAUUAGCAGAGAGAUAUGAUCAUGCAACGGUAGAGCUUCGCCAUGCUCAUCGAAUCAUGGCUGAAGCAUUCCCCGAUCAAGUUCCUCAUGCAUUGACUGAUGAUUCACCUUCUAGUCAGGAGGAUGAACCUCACACACCAGAAAUGCCUCAUCCAAUUCGGGAUUUGUUAAGCCCAGAUGACUUGGAACUCUCUUCAGCCAUUACAGAUAAUGGAGGUCUCAAAUAG